ACCAUGGCCACGCCGCGCGCCCCGCGGUGGCCGCCACCGUCGCUGCUGCUACCGCUGCUGCUGCUGCUGCUGCCGCCCGCCGCCCCCGGGUCGCGGGGCCCCAUUCCCUCCCCGGCCCACCGUACUUUCCUCCCGGCCGCGGAGCUGCUUUCGCCGCCUGGCGCUGGACACACGGCCCCCGGGCCCGGCGUCGCGACCCGGCGGGGACGCUCCGGCCGUGUCCCCAGAGGCGUGAGCGCGGCCGCAGCAAGGAACCAUUGGCCGGAAAGUAACAACACCGAACCCCACAUAGGAUACACCCCCUUUUAUCAGAGUCAAGAGGACCAUUCAGGUUCCAGAAGGGAAGUGAGAGCUCACGCUGCCAGAAUGAGCCACAGUUCCUCAGAAACCUCAGAAAACCCCCCUCUCCUCCCUGAGACAAGCGCUGAUUGGAGGAACAUGUCUUCUGUCAGAGCAGACAUCGCUGCUCUGCACCGUGAGCCCCCACCUGAGAUCACCACAGCAUGGACCGCCCACAGCAGCUCGUCAUCCUUGGAGAGCCUUCCCCAGCCACCCAGCAGCUCCAGAUCACAAAGAAGAACCACUUCUUCUCAAACAGAGAGUGGAACAUCCCCAGGCUUCCUGGAGAGGACAAGGGAGCUCCCAGAAGAAGGGACUGUGCACACACAAGUGGCUGGCACCUGGGUUUCCCACCAAGCCUCCCUUCCUGCUCUGGAACCUGGGGAGCCAACUGUGCUCUCCCAGAAGAGAAAUUCAUCUGACCAGGAGGACUCCCGGCCACUAUUCUCCUUGACCCGGAGUCUCCCUCCUCCCUCAGACCACCCCUCAUCUUCUGGAAGUAUAAAGAAUGGUAAUAACUUCACUGCACUCCAAAACCCAUCACUCACUCAGACAAAGAGCAUGCUUGUCACGGACACGUUCACGAAUGGUGUCCCAAGAACACUGCGGUCUCUGCCUGUCGAUGUGGAACCUGCAAAUGAGACAGAGGGUUUCCCUGAGCACUCCAGACUAGCUAUAACUUCAAUGUCAGUCCACUCUUCGCCCUCUGUGAAGGACUCAAGGACAAACAGUGGACUCACUGAGCGUCUGGGAGAUGGGGAAGGCACUGAGCUGUCUACAGAAAAUGGAUACAGACUUCCAUCUAUACACUGGCAAAGUGAUGCCCCCCCCUUCGGAGGACAUCAGCUUACCAGCAGCUCAGAAGCAGGAAAUGGAAGUGCCAUGCCGCUGACUGAGACUGUGUUUAGGUCAGACCCCUCCAUUGGUGGUGGAGAGAGCACAGGACGAUGGUUUCCUGCCAAGAAUAAAACAUCUACAGACGCAGCAGAAAGCUCAGCUUUGCAUACAGAAGCUGUGGACACUUGGGGUUUGACUCAGUCCUCACAAGCUGCACAACAGCCCCGAGGCAGUGACUCGGGGGUGGGUGGGAGGAGUUACGCAGAGUCUUCAUCUUCUUUAUCUACAUCUUCCUCCGAAAGUCUGGAUUCCUCAGCACCUCACAGAGGGCAUUCAACUCCGGAAGAUGGUGCAGUGUUGAGUGACAGCUCAGAUCUGACGGACAGCACUUCCGGGGCGCGCGCACCUCACACAUCUGCAAUGUUCACCCGGAGCGGGGAGCGCACGCUGCGGUCCCUUGACCUCUCCCAUGCAGCGACCCACCCUGCGCGCCCCACUCCACGUGAGAACGGGAACGUGACGGAGCAUGCUGGCCUGCUGUCCCGGGCACCAACCCUCGGAGUCACCGGACUUAGCUCCACUCAAGAGCACGGCUCAGAUGCAAGACAAAGGACUUCCAGCGACCACACGGACCACGCCUACGUUCCAUCUACUUUCACCAAGGGAGAACGGACGCUACUGUCCAUUACAGAUAACACUUCCUACCCGGAAGCCAGCGAGAGUUCAACCUCUUCCGCUAAGAUCUCAGACUCCCUACACUCGGACUCUCCUCAGGCUCAGCCUAAACAAAGUAGCAUAUCCUCCUACGAUGGCGACCCUGCUCAGUCUUCCACUGAGUCACCGGUUCUGCAUACAUCCAGCCUUCCAACCUACACAUCCACCGCUAAUAUGCCAAACACCUUGGUUCUUGAUACCAGUACCAAAUCUGUUGAGGACCCAUCUGAUUCAGGAGUGCCUUCAGCUCUGCCCUCACCGUCGCAACCCCAGCCGUUCUCAUCAGCCUUACCGUCGUCAACCAGGUCUCCCACACAGCAGCUAAAGUCUACCUCUGAGACAGCCACAUCCUCACCGUCACCUUCACCGGUCUCCUUAAUGGUGUCCACUCUUGCCCCACAUUCUGUCUCACAAACAACCUUCCCACAUCCAUCUUCUACCCUAGUUCCUCACAGGGCAAGGGAGCCACGAGUGACUUCAGUCCAAAUGUCAACAACGGUAUCAGCCGUAGCAUUGGUCCCCAGCAACCAAACAGCAGAUCCCAAGAACCAGAGCACCCCUCAGCAAGAGAAACCCAUCACAGAAGCUAAGUCACCAAGCUUGGUGUCUCCGCCCACAGACUCUACCAAAGCAGUAACGGUGAGCCUUCCUCCAGGAACCCCUUGGUCCCCAGCCUUUAUAGGGUUCUCCACCGAGCCAGUCCUUCCAGCCACAAGCACCAGCUUAGCCCAGAUGUCUCCAGCUUUGACACCUGCCAUGCCCCAGACAACUAACUCUCCUGUGACCAGUCCCAGCACCCUGUCACGUGUAGAAUCUUUGACUCCAGAUGUUGUUGUACACACUACCCCGCAGAAACACCUCCCAACCAAUCCUGAAAUUCUAGUGCCACAAAUCUCAACUGAAGGGGCCAUCACCACAGAAGGGAACCGGGAGCACAUGGCGCCUACCACUCAGCCAAUCCCUCCAACCACUUCAAUCAGGCCAGCAGAAGAAAUGGCCACGGAGCUCGGCCAUGUGGAAGAGUCCAGCCCGGUUUCACAUUUUCUUAGACUUUCUUCACCUCAAACUACAGAAGUUUCUACAGCUGAAAUGUUGACGUCCAGAUAUUCCACCUUUGCUGCCCAGAGCACCCCACAGUCACCAACAGCACUGUCACCUCUAACCCCAGUCAACAGCUGUACCGUGAACCCUUGUCUUCACGAUGGCGAAUGCAUUGUGGACCUCACCGGUCGUGGAUAUCGAUGUGUGUGCCCAUUUGCCUGGCAAGGGGACAACUGCAGUGUGGAUGUGAACGAAUGUCUCUCCAGCCCCUGCCCUCCACUAGCCACGUGCAACAAUACUCAGGGAUCUUUCACGUGCAGAUGCCCAGUCGGGUAUCAGUUGGAGAAAGGAAUAUGCAAUCUGGUUAGAACCUUCGUGACUGAGUUUAAGUUAAAGAAGACUUUCCUCAAUACUACUGCGGAAAACCAUUCUGACACUCAUGAGCUUGAAAACGAGAUCGCUCAAACGUUAAACGUGUGUUUUUCAACAUUGCCUGGCUAUAUCCGAACUACAGUCCGUGUGUCUAGAGAUCCCAGUACAGUGGUCAUCUCACUGCAAACCACCUUCGCCCUGGCCUCCAAUGUGACGCUGUUUGACCUGGCUGACAGGAUCCAGAAAUAUGUCAACUCCUGCAGAUCCUCUGCUGAAGUCUGCCAGCUCUUGGGAUCUCAGAGGCGAGUCUUUCGAGCGGGCAGCUUGUGUAAGCGGAAGAGUCCAGAAUGUGACAAAGAGACCUCCAUCUGCACUGACCUGGAUGGCGUUGCGCUGUGUCAAUGCAAGUCUGGCUACUUUCAGUUCAACAAGAUGGAUCACUCUUGCCGAGCAUGUGAAGAUGGAUACAGGCUUGAAAAUGAAACCUGCAUGAGUUGCCCCUUCGGCCUCGGUGGUCUCAACUGUGGAAACCCCUAUCAGCUCAUCACCGUGGUGAUCGCAGCAGCAGGAGGUGGCCUUCUGCUCAUCCUGGGCAUCGCACUCAUUGUUACCUGUUGCAGAAAGAGUAAAAAUGACAUAAGUAAACUCAUCUUCAAAAGUGGGGACUUCCAAAUGUCCCCAUACGCCGAGUACCCCAAGAAUCCUCGCUCACAAGAGUGGGGCCGAGAAGCCAUUGAGAUGCAUGAGAACGGAAGCACCAAAAACCUUCUGCAGAUGACAGACGUGUACUACUCGCCCACAAAUGUAAGGAACCCUGAACUUGAACGCAAUGGACUGUACCCAGCCUACACUGGAUUGCCCGGAUCGAGGCACUCUUGCAUUUUCCCAGGACAGUAUAACCCAUCUUUCAUCAGCGACGAGAGCAGGAGGAGAGACUACUUCUGAGUCCAGGAGACAGAGGGGCCUCAUUUCUCUGAGCCACUUCCCCGGACGUCUGCUCAGAGGACUGAAGGGAGCACCAUGCACUAGCUGCUCCUGGGACUCGUCAGAGCCGUGCCUGAGGGGCCUUUCCACAGUGGAAGGGCCAGACGGAUGCGGGACUGCAGGCCACCCAUUCAGCACUGUUGCUACUGUGAACAUGGUCGUGGGCCAGUACCGAGUCCCUGAAUGCCUGGCACGUAGGACUGGAUGUCUUCCACGGCAGACCACUAGGCUUCGUCCCCUUAAUUUGCACUUUAAUAGAUUGGGCAGGGAGGCUUCAUUUUGGACACAUUUCCAGACUAUUCCAGAAAGCCUUUCUUCCCUAGGAUACUUCCACAUGCCUCAGUUUGGUGACUGGUUGGCAGCCAGGUGUUGGCACUUUCGUUUUCCUGCCUGGUGCCUCGUGCUGAACAGAGGGAGGUAAACGUACCACUGUGAUGAGGCGCAUAGUGUUUUAAGGUUUCUAGGUUGUUUGUGCUCAUUCCCAAGCCAAUGCCAUAAAUGAGACGGUAUCAUUUGCAAGGCUCAGCACAAAAUGUUUUUUAAGUCAAGGUGACACAUUUGCUUACAAUAUAUUAGUUUUACUUUCUCAAGCAAGUAUGAAUCAAGGCAAGACAACAUUCCUUUGACUUUCAUUAGAAGCAUCCAGGUGCCCUUUAGUGUGUCCCAGCAGACAAUAUCAGGCAGGUCCUACAUGUGGUGGGGGUAUUUUUUGCAAUGAGGGAAUUGCAUGGGGACUGGGGCUCUGACCAUCAACGUGGAGCCAGAGUCUGCAGGGUAUAGUAGAAGAAGGAGAGGCAGUUGCAGGUGUGUCUGAGCUAGCGUCUCACCUCCAGAGGGAAUGAAGUCUGCUAUAGGCCCCACAGCAGAAUGUGGCAGAGGAAUGAACCGAGUAACCUGACACAUCCCCCAAACCCCAGUGCAGAAGCUGGGGGCUCCCCCAGGAAGCCACCAGUAAGGGUGCAUACCUGCCAAUCUUUGAACCCAUAAUGUUGUCCACAAACUCAAUGGAAACUUUUAACCACUUAAAGCUGUUUAUUCACUGAAGAGAGAAUGAACUUCUUUUCUCUCACCCACUCACACAUCUGUGUUCUUGUGCAGUGUCCCCUCAAGACUCCGCUAUGGCCCGAGUCCGCUUUGGGGAACUAAAACCUGGCCAGCUAAGAGUCUGAGAGCUUGUUUGGGGGGGGGGAAGGAAGUUCUGUAUUUUGUUUAUUGUAUUGUGGUAUGGGGGGUGGGGGGGGAAGAGCUGUGUGGUGUUUGGUCCCCUGUGGAACUAUCAGCUUGUGGAAUGUCCUGGUUUUGGAUAAGGUGAAGAGGUCAAAGCAUUAUCCCCACCCUGAAGCUGGGGACCCUGCAGCAUGUAUUUCUGGAAAUGGGAUAGCUGUUGGAAAUUGUUCUGUAUGUGUUUCUUUGGAGUUCUCGGGUUCCUCCAAAAUUUAUGAAGAUCCUCAUCCUCUUUUAAGUGUGCACUGUGUCCCAUGGUCUGGUGACAUGUGUCACCACUGAACUGUCACCGCUCACUCUCACCCCCUACAGCAGUCGGGUACAGAGGAUUUUAACCAUGUUACAUUCAUUAGUACAGAGAGGACUCUGCUGCUCUUGGUUGAUGCUGACUUAAAGUUGCAAAGCAUUGCCAUCUAGAAGCUGUGGGUCUUGUUUGUGUCUUUGUGGAACCAAUGGCUCUUUGUGUCAUUGUGAACCCCUAUGCUCCACUUGCCUGAGCCCAGAUCCCUUUCCAGGGAGCCAGGUUCUAGUCCUUCAGCAGUAUUCCUGCUUGUCCCAAACCUCAUUGCUGUGGGAAGAGCCAAUGCAGUGGUGUUCUGCCAUACACUUCUAAUGCCUUCAGCUGGCAGUGUAGCUGGUGAGCACCUGUGUAGGGGCAGACUCCCAGCUGGUGAGACCUGUGUAGGGGCAGACUCCCAGCUGGUGAGACCUGUGUAGGGGCAGACUCCCAGCUGGUGAGACUGUGUAGGGGGCAGACUCCCAGCUGGUGAGCACCUGUGUAGGUGGACAGACUCUUAGCUGGUGAGCACCUGUGUAAGGGGCAGACUCCCAGCUGUUGAGCACCUGUGUAGGGACAGAUUCUCAGCUGGUGAGCACCUGUGUGUGAGGGAGACUCCAGCUGGUGAGUACCUGUACAGGUCCAGGAGCCUCAAGCAUCACAGAAUGAAGCACUCUGUUCCUGGAAAGAAUUCAUCCAGAAAAGUGUCCUGUGAGUUCCAAAAAUGCUUGCUGACUCAUGAGUUUUGCCCAAAUAGAGUGAAAGUGUUUUCAUUUUGUUCUCUUUUUCUUUCUUUUCUUUUUUCUUUCUUUCUUUCUUUUUUUUUUUCUGUGAAAAACAUGAGAAUAGCCCCAAACAAGGGUGCAUUCACACUGGAUCUACCGUUUGUGGGUGGGGGAGGAGCUUGCAAUAGAAAGGCUCUUCUACUCAGGGUUACAUCCAGAAGGAACCCAGAGAGGACACCUGCAACCCAUGAGCAGGACAAACAGGAUGAGCCCAUGGCUGGACAUGCAGAGUCUUUGUUGGAAAAAAGUGCUCAGAGCCCAUCCCCACACCUAGAAUGGAUAACUUGUGUGCAUAGAAGUGUCACAGUCUUGAAUUAGGGUCCGAUGACAAGGGAGGUGGGCAGAAAGGAAAAGCCACACUGCCUAGGAGAUGCUAGAAUGGGGAAGAUCCAGGUCAGGUAGAACUUGUCUAUCCUAGGGCAUUGGGAACAGGGCUAAGAAAGAGGGUCUUCCUGGAUCCAGCUUGAGCUUGAGCUCUGUAUAAACUCCAAGGUUUGUUGUUGUUUGUUGUUUGUUUUUCUUUUUUCAAUUCAUGAGCCAGCUCGUGACACUGGGGCCUAUUUCUUAGGAGGAUAAAUGUUCCCACCAUGGACCAGGCUCUAUGCAAGCUAUCUGGCCUUACAGCACAUGUGCUAACCAGUGAUGCACAUUCAGACAAGAAGCAUGGGAAUGUGGCUUCAAUGGCAGAGUGCUUGCCUAGCCCUGGGUUUUACCCUCAGAACCACAGAAACAGGGCGUAGUGGUACACUCUUGUAAUCUCAGCCCUCAGAAGGUUGAGGGAGGAAGAUCAGGAGUUCAAGGCCUUCCUGGAGAACAGGACACCCUGUCUUAAAAGGAAAAUAUUGCUUGGUUUGUGGUUACCAAGAGGCAUAUUGGUAUGUGGCUUGGGCCCUCGGAAGUGAAAGGGUAUGGUCUAGGUGGGUUUUUGAGAACCACAACCAGGCUGAGGCACCCAUGUGAGGGCUGCCUGCCUUAUUCUCAGAGUGAGGCUGUAAAUCCCACGUAGUAGAAGUGUGAACCUGUGUGGGCUGAGGACAGAGUUGAGUGUCUGAGGUGCUGAAUGAUCUUCCUAAUUGGGGGGGUUACUUCUAGAAGCAUCUAAGUCAUGUUGAACCAGAACUACUGUAUGAUUGGAGCAGUCAAGCUGCCUGGUGGUAUUUGAGGUCAAAAACUAAGAGUUGACUAUUAGAGUAUUAUGGUCUAAAAGAGGAAGUUGUAAAAGUUGGCCCAUAGGAGAGAGCAGUGUUGUUGGGAAAAGACCAGAGUAAAGUCUUCCAAGAUGCUGUCUAUUCAAGUGUGAAGUUCCAGAGUGGGCACUUUAGCAUCACCCCUGGUACCUGGCUUCUGGGUGCCUCCUUAAGCCACUUUGCCCAGUAGUGACAUGCACAGGUCUCUAUAACUAUGGGGCUUCGCCUAAAGCUAUAAAGCCGCACAGCUAAGCUGCCCUUGGCUUAGUGUUUCAUAACCCACUCAAAACCAGGGGCUUUACCUGCAUUUCUAAAUUUAUAUUUUGCUUUUGAGACCAAAGCACUUCUUUGGGAAGAAGGACAAGACAGAGUUUUGUAUUUUGGUAUUUUAUUUAAAACACUCCAUAACAGCAGGUAGAUAGGUUUAUCUACCUGAAAGCUUUUUUUGUCUUUUUCUGCUUCUUUGGGAGGGUAGAGUCAGGAAUGGACCCCAGGGCCUUGCACAUACCAGACAAGUGCCAUCCUGUGGAGCUGCACACCCCAGCCCUCUCAUUUCUUCUUGACAGUAUCAUUCCAAGGUUCUCACCAGCGUGUUUGGAUACGGAAAUGGUUCUGUAGUUCGCCUUCGGGAAUGUGUGUUCUUUCUUUUCUUUUCUCAAAUCCCCAAAGGGGAGAACACAAUAGGAACAUUGACGUUAAAAUAAUAACUUUAAACUUUUUAAAAAUAACUGGUUAAAAUAAUAGGAACAUUAAAGUAUUAAAUGCCAAUCAAUUCAUUGUACUUCAGUGUCUCCACAAGGUCCCACCCGCUUUAUAUCUGAUGGAAACAUUAGCCUGCACAAUAGCCUGUGAAACCAAAGGAGGGCAGGUCCUGACCUGCCCAACACAUGGGCAUCUUCAAAGAGAACAUUUCCAGUGGGGCCACCUGGUAGAUUCUGCUAUAAUUUUAAAUGAUGGGCUCAAUGUCCUUGUCCCGAAUUGUUGAGGACAGGGUAAAAAUAGUGGUGGGAUGGAGGCAGUUUGUCAGGAGAACUGAACCGAGUCCCUUAACUUUGGGCAUUACCUAGGCCUGCUCUACGGAGAAAAGGAUGGCUCACCAUGAGUUGCUGUGAGUUUUGGUCACAUGCGUGUGUUGGUGGUGUUACAGUUAAAUGGAGAUGAGGCUGCAGUACGAACUCCGUUCUGUUUGUCCUGGAUUUUGUUCUGUACACCUUUAAUGCUGACACCCAGGUUGACUGUGUGAGACCCCUCAUGAGAAUGUUAUUUAAAGCUGUAUUAUAAUGUCACCUCCACUAAUUAUUCAGUACUGUAGUAGCAAUAUAUUAUUUGUAAGAAUUUGGUUAUUUUUAUACUUAUAUCCACUCUAAGUCUGGCGUUCUAGUCAGCAAACAAUGAUGCAAUAAAAUUAGUAAGAUUC